AUGUUGAACAAGAUCGAAGAAGGGAGCAUGGAGAUUUCCAUGGAAGAAACAAGUUCAAGAAAAACGAGACAGAAGAUUCUAAAACUUCCGAAGAAGAUGAAGAAGAUCCUUAAGAAUCUAUGGAAUGUCGGAAAAGAAGAUACGAGGAGAGUGAAACAUGCUUUGAAAGUAGGAGUUUCCUUAACGCUUGUGUCCUUAUUGUAUCUCAUGGAACCUUUCUUCAAAGGUAUCGGAAAAAAUGCAAUUUGGGCAGUCAUGACCGUCGUUGUCGUUCUCGAAUUCUCUGCCGGUGCAACAUUACGCAAGGGAUUAAAUAGAGGAUUAGGGACACUAAUAGCAGGAUCUUUGGCUUAUUUUAUGGAGUUUGUUGCUGUUAAUUCCGGUAAAAUUUUUGGAGGUAUCUUCAUUGGCGCUGCUGUUUUCAUCAUCGGAUCGACGAUAACGUACAUGAGAUUUGUUCCGUACAUAAAGAAAAACUACGAUUACGGUAUGCUUGUAUUUCUUUUGACGUUUAAUCUAAUCACAGUAUCAAGUUACAGAGUUGGAGAUUCUGUGAUUAAGAUAGCACAUCAGAGAUUAUUGACCAUUACUAUGGGUAUUGGGGUUUGCCUCUUCAUGAGCCUUUUGGUUUUUCCGAUAUGGUCUGGUGAUGACCUUCACAAAUUCACCGUAACUAAGCUCCAAGGCCUAUCUCUGUCUAUCGAAGCAUGCGUGAGUGGGUACUUUGAGGAGGACAAAGGCAAAGAAAAUUCAGAUUCAGAAUCUGAAUCUGAUGAUGAAGAAGUAAUCUACAAAGGGUACAAGACUGUUUUGGAUUCUAAAUCCUCAGAUGAAGCACUCGCAAUGUCUGCAAGUUGGGAGCCAAGACACACACGGCGUUGUCAAAAAUUUCCAUCUCAACAAUAUAUCAAAGUUGGAUCUGUUCUUCGCAAGUUUGCUCACACUGUUGUUGCUCUUCACGGUUGUUUACAAACCGAGAUUCAGACUCCAAGGUCUAUUCGUAUCCUCUUCAAAGAUCCUUGUGUUAGACUAUCCGGAGAAAUCUGCAAAGUUUUGUCUGAACUCUCCGAAAGCCUUCGAAACCGACGUCACUGCUCGCCGGAGAUUCUCUCGGAAAAUCUUGAAAUAGCUUUGAAAGAUCUCAACAACUCAAUAAAAUCGCAACCUAAGCUCUUCUUGGGGUCUAACCUUCACAGUGACAUCACCAAUAAGCACUUAAACGGCCACGUUUCACAUUACAAUGAUCAUAACCCAAACGGCAUCACUUCGUAUCACAACGACAAUAAUAGCUUAAACGGCAACGUUUUAGGUCAAACUACGCAACAGAACGAUGCCGUAUCAAGACCUCGCUUAAACAGUGCCGUGUUGAGUUCUAGCUUUGUGGGUGACACGUCAAACCGGAGAUCGGUUAAGAAAUCGGCGGCGAUUGGAGAGAAGAGAAGAUUGAGGAAACAAUUGAGCAAAAUCGCUGUUAUGAAAAGUUUGGAGUUUUCGGAAGCGUUACCGUUUGCUGCGUUUGCGUCGCUUCUCGUGGAGAUGGUGGCGAGGCUUGAUACUGUGAUUGAUGAGGUGGAAGAGCUGGGAACGAUCGCCUGUUUCAAGGAGUACGAUAAGACGGUGGAUAUAGUGGUUGGAGACUGAACCGAUUGGUACAAGUUGUUUGGUUUGGUACAGUUUUCUAUAUGAUUUGAUUCUGUUUUGCGAUCGGUUUCGCGUUUUUCAUUUUGCCGGAAUUUUUGUAAUGCUUUGGUAAU